AUGACGAGUUUGUUUGAGUUUGAAGUUGAGGAUGCCUAUGUGACCAUGUCAGCAGCAGUAGAGGAAAGUGUGGAGACUGUACUUCAUAGGGACAAGUUUCUCCAGGUUCUGAAGCAGGAGGCACCUUCUGCUGACAGCUUCGCAAACUAUCUAAAACUUCACGAUGACCGAAAUUCUCAGCUGGACCUGUUGGAGCUGUAUCAGGCGCUGAACCGUAGGCAGGUGCUGCAGCUGUGGACCAGCCUGCAGCAGGUGUGCAACCAUCACAUAAUGACUGGGCCCUUCACCGCGGACGACCCACAACUAGAACAACUACCCAUGGCGGAAAGGAAACAGGUUGUGAGGAAGGCUGUCGACAUCGUGCAGGGUGUCAUCACCAUGGCAACCAUCGCCAUCAGCCAGGAGUCUCCCGUCGUCCCCGACACGCUGGAGGACACCGUACUGGUGUUGCAUGGUGUUUUGCCAUCCCUUCCUGAAGCAGCUGUACAGCUAAAGACUCAGAUCAGCACCCUGUGUGAAAAAUGGUGGCAGAAGGAUCUUCGUCAGAAGGAGAAUGUCGUGUACAACGCCAUGAUUUUCUUUCUGAAGCAGAGUCUAGAGUUCAAAGCAAAGGCGAUCAGUGUGAGACGUGUUUGGGGUCUACGACAAGUUCUCAACCUCUUCAGCUACCAGGAUGAGACCAUGGAAGAACUCCAGCGACUGCUGAUGCUCUGUGUCAUCAACAAGGCCUACCUCGGAGCUGCUGAGGGUCGUCGAUUCUUGACGUUCCUGUUUGGACUCCAUCCUAACUUCACAGACAAGCUGCACAAGACUAUAAAGAACCAGCUACCUGCAGCUUCUAAGACUGUACUGAAGUACUACGGUGAAAUCUACUUCCAUGCUUGGAACAUAUCUGAUGGCUUAUUCAGGGAGAAAAUUGAGAUCUGUCUGCAAGACCUGAUGUACUUGGCCAUCCAUGCCAACCGCUCCGGCCCAAAACCUCUGUCAGAAAACCUUCAACUGCUUCUGAGUUCUGUCCACCAGCAGAAACACAGACCUGGAGUAGACGACAUGCUCUACACACUGUACAAACCCAUACUGUGGAGGUCUCUCAAGGUGGCAAACGCAGCUGUGCGCACCAACGCAGCUCUGCUGCUGGUAGAUGCCUUCCCUCUGCAGAUCCCUGAUGCACCUGUGGAGGAGAGGGACCAAAACAUGCAGAAACAGAUGGACAUCCUCUGGUCUUUGCUGGAGGAUCCUGAACCCAUGCUGAGAAUGAUUGCUGUUCGCGGAGUGUGCCGAAUCGUGGGCAUGUACUGGGAGCUGAUCCCAACCACCGUCGCGCAUGACUUCCUGAAGAAAGUCGUCGAUGACAUGGCCAACGACUGUAACUCGGCUGACGUCAGGGCAGCUGUCUUCAAGGGGAUCAUGUUUGUACUGGAACAGUGUCCCCUGAGCCACCCCGUGCUGAAGACGAUGCUGCCUCGUCUGAGGAACAACAUCCACGACAAGUCGGAGAAAGUCCGCCUGGCCUUCGCACAGCUGCUGCUCAAGGUCAAGAGCGUCCGUGCCAUCAAGUUCUGGGAUGUUGUCCCCCUGGAUCACAUCAUGGCCCGUAUCGCGGUAGACAAGACACCGACUGCCACCAUCCUGGUCACCCUGCUCUUCAACUCUUUCGUUCCGCUGCAAAAGGACAACGCAAAAAUCCUGGAGAGAGCGAUCUACCUGGUGGAGGAAAACCCGCAGGCAGCCAGGCGCUUCUUCCAGCUGGCACCCAACUGUAUGGCCAUCGGAGACACAGUGAAGUACAUGCUGCUACUGUGUCACUAUGUGUGGCAGCUAGCCUUACGAGCACUGGCUGCCGACCCAAACAACACCGAGGAAAAUCUGGAGGAUAAGGAAAAUGUCUCAGAUGAGGAGCUGACCGUGGCAGACACCAACACUAUGGCUGGGCUACUAGAGGCCAUGGCCCUCCUCUGGUCAGCCAGUACCAGAGAGCUUUCACAGCCAGGAAAUGGGGAAUGGAAACAGAAGCUGCGAAACAAGUUUGCGCGAUGCCUGCCUGACUUUCUGAAAGUGUUCCAUGAUGCACGCUGUCACCAUGCACUGGUUCAGCUGGCUUGUUUCCUGAAAGCCGAUACUAUUCCUACAUUCAGUUGUGGUGUGGUGUCCAAGCUGAAGGGGAUGACCUGGCCGACACCGGCCGUAGAGUUUGGGCCACUGGUCACCUGUCUGGCCAACUGGGGCCGGCUGGGGGAUGUCCUGGAGCUGGUGACCGAAUGGCUGACCGUUGCAAUGGACGGCGAGAAGGCUGAAGAUGACAAUAAGGAAGACAAGAAGGGUAAGAAGAAGAAGAGAGUGAUGUUUGUGGACCCACACCAGCCCCAGCCCAUGUUAGCACUGGACAUGCUGGACUAUAUCCUGUCUGAGUACCUGUGUCGGGAGUGUGCUCUGGAAGUACACACUGAACAGCUGGCCACGAUCAGCGAUAAACUUCAUCAAGUUCUGGCCUGUAUUGACGAUCGUCUGAUGACAGGACGACCCCUGACCCAAGAACUUCUGUCGGACGACUUCCUGCUGAGGGCCUUGCAGUCCUACUGUCUGAUACAAGUACACCUGCAACAGAAGAAUGAGACACCUACAAGUGAGUUCUUCAGUCAGAUCCUGGACUGGGCAGAGCAGAAGGUUGUUCCUUCACUCAGCCGUCCUGACAACGAAAACAGCCAGGGUGCCACCAACACCGUAGCAACAGGGGUGUUCGCUGUCAAUGUUAUACAGACUGUUCUCCAGGUAGCUGGUGACUUGGUCCUCCUUUGCCUGUUGUCAGAUGAUCAGUGCUGUGCUCUACUGAAGCUAGCAGGAACUACUCUCAGCACAGACUCAGCCCUGGAUCUCCUGUCGCCUGUGUGCAUGCUGACGUGUCGUGUAGUGGAUGUGACGGCCGUGUCUCCACAUGACAACAGGAUGCAGGACCUGGUGCCUCGCGUGUUGGAGAGCAUCAUCCAGACACAGGUCUACCUCGUACGCAGACAGAAGGAACAUGCAAGACAGAGGCUACAGGAGAUGAAAAGUUCCUUUCAAACCAUCGUCCGUGCCCACGUAAACCGGCGAUCGCUGAACCAGAACCUGCGCCAGGACUUCAUGGCCACCAUCAUGACCGCGGUGGUGGCGGAGAUGACCAGUGCCGUGCGGAAGGGCGCCGAGUUCGGCUCGUGUGACCGUAUCUCCGACCUGCCUACCUUGUCGGCCUUUCUGCUGUCAACUGUGAACAUCAACGCUGCCUCGGCUAGGUAA